UUCACUCUAAACUAAGCAUGACAGUCGAUGGAAAAGCAGUGCAACAAAGAGCCAUUUUUGAGCAUAUUCCUCUCUUUCUCUUCCAAUUUCGAUUACACGCACUUAUCUAAUAAAUUUAUUUUGAAAUCUUGCGAAAUCGUCAGAAUUGUUACAUACACGACUAAGAAAAGACGUGCACGCUCGUCGAGUAAAAGAAAUGCGGCGAUGCCUUCGUGAAAAAAUGUACUUUUUAAAAACAAACUUUUUUUUUAUCAUGCGGAAAUGAUAUCUCGAGCCUAAAAAAUUUCGCACAAAGUACAACCCAAUUUUUGUGGUGCGCUCGUAAUUUGUUGCUCGCCGCAAAAUGCAAUGUAAAAUCAACGACCUGCCCGACGAAUUGCUGGAGUAUAUCCUAAGCCUGAUACCACCUUACAAAGAUCUCCAGGAGUGUAGGCUUGUCUGUAAAAGAUGGUACCGCGCUACCAAAAAUGUGGUAGAACACAAUGAAGCACAUUUUCAAAAGUCUGUCGCUUUUGGAUCUUUGCUGUGGGAUUCCCUAUCUAGUUACGUCUCCUUAUUCUUACUUCAUGCCCUUCCACCAUGGUUGAAAGGCAUUAACUACGGAUUCGUGUGGGAUUCAGUUCAUUCGGUGUGUGAGCCACGGACUGAGGAAGACGUUUUUCUGGCCGAGAGAUUCUAG